AUGCCCGAGUCGAUUACUCUGUACACGGCCAAGAUCUGCCCUUAUGCUCAGAGGGUUGAGCUAGCGUUGGAGGAAGCCAAGGCACCGUAUACCAAGUUCCAGAUCAACCUGCAGAACAAGCCCGAUUGGUAUGCUCCCCUCGUCAACCCGGCAAGUAAGGUUCCAGCCAUUGCAUAUGGUGGCCCUGCGGUCGCCGCGGACCAGCCAUCCCCGAAAUCAACCAAGUUGACAGAGUCGCUCGUCUUGAUUGAGUUCGUCGCGGACUCGUUCCCCGAUGGUCACUUACUUCCGGCAGACCCCGUCCUCCGUGCCAAAGCGCGCUUCUUCAUCGACGUCGUCUCCACGAAGUUCGUCCCCGCGUGGAGCGCAUUCGUGAGCGGUAAGGGCACCGCAGACGCCUUCGUCAGUGCCACAGAGCAGGUUACUGCACUCCUCCCGGAGACUGGAUUCGCGGUGGGCGAGUACUCGACCGCCGAUAUUGCCGUGACGCCGUUCCUUGCUCGCGCGCUCACUGCUUUGAAGAAUGAUCUCGGACUGUAUCCUGCGGGAGAGGGGAAGAAGCUCUAUGAUCUCUUCCACACCCCGCGCUUUGAAAGGUUGCAGAAGUACUGGCGCGACGUUAGCUCGCGGCCUAGCUUCAAGGCUACGUUCGAUGAGGCAUACAUCGUUGAGAAAUAUAGUGCCAGGUUCGCAAGGCAGUAA